UUGCUUUAAGAAAUCAAUGGUGCAUUGUGGGAUGCAAAAUGGCUCAAUCGUGUUGUCAGCAGAGUAGCCAGCCAGUUAUCUCUUAUAGCCAUACUGUUACAUUUACAAAUAAGUACAGUCGAUAAAGUAUUGCUAAUAAUUGUUUAGAGAAUAUCACUUUGAUAAACAGCAACUUUUUAUUGCAUUCGCCUCUUUUGGUCGAGACAACAGCCACCAUGUCCAGCAAAGAAGACAAAGUGAAAAGUGAGUCCAGUAUAAUACGUUUUGAAAGAAAAAGUACCACUACUGAGUCUGCCACAAGAGGAAAUGACAGAAGAAGUACUGAGUCUGCCACAAGAGGAAACAGAAGAAGUACUGAGUCUGCCACCAGAGGAAAUGACAGAAGAAGUACUGAUUCUGCCACAAGAGGAAACAGAAGAAGUACUGAGUCUGCCACAAGAGGAAACGACAGAAGAAGAACUGAUUCUGCCACAAGAGGAAACGACAGAAGAAGUACUGAUUCUGCCACAAGAGGAAACGACAGAAGAAGUACUGGGUCUGCCACAAGAGGAAAUGACAGAAGAAGUACUGAUGAGUCUGCCACAAGAGGGAAUGACAGAAGAAAUACUGAUUCUGCCACAAGAGGAAACGACAGAAGAAGUACUGGGUCUGCCACAAGAGGAAACAGAAGAAGUACUGAGUCUGCCACAAGAGGAAAUGACAGAAGAAGUACUGAGUCUGCCACAAGAGGAAAUGACAGAAGAAGUACUGGGUCUGCCACAAGAGGAAAUGACAGAAGAAGUACUGAGUCUGCCACAAGAGGAAAUGACAGAAGUACUGAGUCUGCCACAAGAGGAAAUGACAGGAGGAGUACUGAGUCUGCCACAAGAGAUGACAGAAGAUCACCAAGCACAGGGAAAGAAAAAAGGAACACGAAACGGAGCCACAGUAGAUCAUCUUCCUCAUCCAGCUCAUCAUCAUCAUCCUCCUCGUCAUCCUCCUCAUCCUCAUCCCACUCUUCAUCCCACAGUAGGAGAUGUUCCAGCAGUAGUGAUUCCCACAACAAAUCCAGAAGGAAUUCUAAGAAAAGGAAAAAGGAAAAACAACACAAGAAGAAAGGGAAAAAGGAGAAGAAGCAUAAACAAAAGAAGGACAAGAAAAUGACACCAGAGGAGGAAAGCGCUGGACCUGGACCUAUUCAGAUCUCCAAGUAUUUAAAGGAGAGGAGGAGAAAAGGCAAGUACAGCAUGAUCACAGGAAAGAAGAUCAAAAUGAAAUUAAAGAAGUCCAAGAAAGACAAGCUGAGGGACAAGAAUCGCGCCGAACUGCUUGAGUUCCUCAACUCCACGUUGUAAUGCAAAGGGCCGUCACCGUUGGUUAUGUUCCAGAAACUUCCAAUUUUUGUCCAGAACAGAACUCAGGGAAUGACGACCAUUUUGAUGAAGCUCUGAACUAAUAUCCAUUUACAGGGUUAUUAUUAUCACUGCAAGAGAUGUGGGACAUGGCCUGUAAUCUCAAAAUGACAGAAUGUGCCAUGUCUCUCUUUUAGAAAAAGCGUGUUGUCACUCCUGUGGUUGUCAGCCCCUUUCUUCAGACCAGUGGAGACUGCUGAAGGAGAACGGCUCAUAAUAAUGGCUGGAACGGAGCCAAUGGAAUGGCAUCAAACCAUGUGUAUUCGAUGCCAUUCCACCAAUUCCGCUCCAGCCAUUACCACAAGCCCGUCCUCCCCAAUUAAGGUGCCACCAACCUCCUGUGCUUCACACUGUUUGUAACUGAUUUCUGUGUGUUUGGUCUUUAGAAUUGUAAUUUUACUAUAACAUCAAAGGAGCCAGUCACUGACUUUUUAUCAGUAUGUUUGCUGCACAAGGUGUUGCUAAGCAAGUUAGAACAGUGUUGCUGUGGUGGAGACUACAGAUCAGCAAAGAUCUGAGUGAUGAACAACAUAUCUGGGUUCAAAUAGUAUUGGUUUUCUUUUAAGUACUUCAGUUGAUUAAGCUUGCCCGGCACAAUGGAACAAAGGAAAAGUGCCAACCCAUCCAUCUUACACGCCAGCAGGCUCAAGAGCUUAAAGUAUUUGAAAGCAAAUACUAUUUGAACCCAGGUCUGAUGAACAAAGAGAUUUGGGUACAUUUUAUUGUAACGUAAUCUGUCAAAUAGAACACCAGUCCGGCAUUGCAUUGUGUUUGAUGAUGAUCUAUGUUUUUCUAGUUAUUUUAAGAAGGUCCAAAACAGUCCUGCAGCUAAACUCGGGUCCCCUGGAAUGUAGUUAUUGUUAGAUAUAUUGAUUAUCAGAGAAUAAUGUAUAGUAUGUACAAAUCUGAGACUGGAAGCUGGAUGUCAUCACAUGUAAUACUAUAAAUCAAUAUUAUUUUGGAUGAGCUUUUUAUAUUUUGUGAAGCCCACUUGAUGUGGCAAACUGCUUACAGUCCACCCAAUAAAACAGCUCUUCUCUCAACAGCAAUAAACUGCUGCUGUUAUAGAGAUUCUUUACAAUAGUCAUCUGAAAUGUUACAGUACAAUCAAGCAUUCAUUCCCA